AUGAAUCUUCAAUCCCUUCUUUCGGCGGUCGCUCCGGACUCAGCUCUGAUCCUUAACAACCAUACGCCGGGUCUGGACGCCAAUGGGAGCCCCGCCACGGAAAACGGCCACACGAAUGGGUAUUCGGCGGAAAAACACCCCUUCCUAGACAGACACUCCGAGAAUGGGUCGACGGAUACCCCUACUCCCCAGCCCACAGCGGGUGCUCUUAGUGGCAGUAGCACCAACAACAGCCACACAAAAGAGAGCGAGAAUUCGAAACGCAGAAAUUCUUUUUACGAUGCGGAUCUCGAAGGUGUCCCAAUUGACUCGACAUACUUGAGCCAGUUUGAGCAGAAGGUCAAUGCGAUCUCCAAGUUGGACAAAAUCAUGACUGUGGCCCUGAACGCUACGACACUCUCCAAAGAGGCCACGAACCUUGAAAAGCUUAUAGCCACCCGAAACAAAUACGCUGGAAAUUACAUUGCUCGUGCCACCAUCGAAAACCACUUGUUCCCUGCCAUUCCAUCAGAGGGUCCCUUCAUGGGAUCAACCAGAAUCAAACACGAGAGCACCCUUGAGACCGAGAGACGACAAAAACUUCAACAGAAACUUGACGCAGCCACUGCGCAGGGCAUGUCUCCUUCACCAGGGAUCGUUGAUGUUGGCACUAGAAGUGCCAAUAAGAGGUUGAGUGCAACGAGCGAAACACCCGACCAAUCUGAAGUACCAGAAGAGGCACCCCAUGCUCCUGAGAUUGCGGCCACAAAAGAGACUAAAACUUCGAAGAGAACGAAAACGCCGAAGAAGGCCGCUGCUGGGGAAGACUCUGAUGCUAAACGCCGGAAGCUCGACGAAGAUGCCGUUGCACAGGAGGAAACACCCCAAGAGAAAUCUCGCAAAGCAAGAGAAAGCAGGCUCAAAAUCAAGCUUCUGUUGAAAGAAGCCGAUGCAAAACUGCUGGAACAGUCUUCCCAGACUAGUGCUGCAGAUGCCAAGCAAAACUCCAUCAAAGCAAAAGAGCUCAAAUCAAUCACGAAGCAAUAUGAUAACACGUACGUUGCAAUUUGGAAAGAUCUUCUGCGUAAAGAUGGCCCCAAAGCAUCUCGUCUCAUGCAACUGACAAGUCAAACAAAGCUUAUCAAUAUGAAGAAAACGGCCAUUUUGGCCUCUCGUGAAUCGAAAAGAUGGCUCAUGAGAAAUAACAAAAACCAAAAGGAUCUCACAACGAAAGCGCGCCGUGCUAUGAGAGAAAUGUCUCAUUUCUGGAAGCGUAAUGAAAGGCAAGAGCGUGACGCACGAAAGAAGCAAGAGAGAGAACAAGUCGACAAGGCAAAGAAAGAGGAAGAGGAUCGUGAAGCCAGAAGACAGUCGAGAAAAUUGAAUUUCUUGAUCACUCAAACAGAAUUGUACUCUCACUUUAUCAGCAAGAAAAUUAAGACUAGCGAAAUUGAAGGUGCCGAUGCCGAUCCUAAUCUUGAUCUUACACCUGAGGCAAACCCACUAGAUAAGUACCAUGGUGUCGAAGGAAAGACUUCUGACAUUAAACUGCUAGAUUUUGAUAGUGACAACGAGGACGAUUUACAUAGAGCUGCCGCUGCCAAUGCGCAAAGUGCUUUGGAUUCUGCCAAGUCGAGAGCUGAAGCUUUUGAUGAUGAUUCUUUCAAGAAUCCCGAUACAAAUGGUGAAGAAAUGAACUUCCAAAACCCCACUCUUGUUGGUGACUUGACGGUCACUCAGCCUAAGAUGCUCAAAUGCACUCUUAAGGAGUAUCAGAUUAAAGGUUUGAACUGGCUUGCAAAUCUUUACGAGCAAGGUAUUAAUGGUAUUCUCGCCGAUGAGAUGGGUCUUGGUAAAACUGUGCAAAGUAUAUCUGUGCUCUCCUACCUCGCCGAAACACAUAACAUUUGGGGACCCUUUUUGGUCGUGACCCCGGCUUCCACGUUGCACAAUUGGCAACAGGAGAUCACCAAAUUUGUUCCUGACAUGAAAGUCUUGCCCUACUGGGGUAACACGAAGGACCGUAAGAUUUUGAGAAAGUUUUGGGACCGCCAGAGCUUGAGAUAUGGAAAAGAUGCCCCAUUUCAUGUUCUCGUCACAUCAUAUCAACUCGUGGUUGCAGACGCGGCAUACUUCCUGAAAAUGAAGUGGCAGUACAUGAUUUUGGAUGAGGCCCAAGCCAUUAAAUCAUCCCAGUCGACAAGAUGGAAGUCUCUUCUAGGCUUCUCAUGCAGAAAUAGAUUGCUUUUGACCGGUACGCCUAUUCAAAAUUCUAUGCAAGAGCUUUGGGCACUUUUGCAUUUCAUUAUGCCCUCUUUAUUUGAUUCCCAUGAUGAAUUCAGUGAUUGGUUUUCGAAGGAUAUUGAGAGCCACGCUCAGUCAAACACACAAUUGAACGAACAACAACUCAAACGUUUGCACGUGAUUUUAAAACCGUUUAUGUUACGUCGUGUCAAGAAAAACGUUCAAAGCGAGCUUGGUGAUAAACUUGAGAUUGACAUCUUUUGCGAUUUGACUAACCGCCAAAAGAAGUACUACCAAAUGUUGAAAUCUCAAAUCUCCUUGGUGGAUUUGUUUUCCAAUAACAACAACGAUGACAGUACUCAAUCUUUGAUGAACUUAGUCAUGCAAUUCAGAAAAGUCUGCAACCAUCCAGACUUGUUCGAAAGAGCAGAUGUUGAAUCCAGUUUUGCUUUUGGAUCAUUUGCCGAGACCAGUUCGUUUCUUCGCGAGACUGAGCUUGAAGUCGCGAAUUCUUUCAGAAAUUCCAUUAGGUAUGACGUGCCUAAGUUGAUCUAUAAUGACUUGUUGCUGCCUUCAUACUCCAAUGAUGUGGGUCCACGAAAUAAAUUGUUGGAAAAAUUCAGCAUCUACAACCCCGAGAAUAUAGCUGAUGAUCUGAAGGGUCUGUUUGCAUGGAAGAGCUUCUCUGGAGUUUCAUCAGCACAGAUCAAAAACUUAAGCCAGCAAAAUAUUAUCCAAAGGGCUAUUGAAUUGAAGGAUUAUUCAGGUGCAAACUACGAGGAUGUGAACAGAUUCGAUUUCGUUUAUGGCGAGGGUCCUGAUUCAUACGUUCCAAGAGAUAAGCUGCUUUUGAUAAGGGAGCUCAAGAACAACCAUUGCAACAGCACAAACUCGGAAUCACUUAGAGGGCUUUACUCUAUUAAGGAGAAAGUUUAUGAUGACAUGUACAUUAAUGUUCUCGAACCAGCUGCCAAACCAAUUGCUAUAACACCUCCUAUUGACUUCACUUGCUCGAACCGUGCCUUUUCAACGAACUUGAAUGCUACCCUCUAUGAUUCAAAAAUUAAAGAAUCAUUGCGGCCACUUACUCGCGGCACCGAGCUUGAGCUUAUGAAAAAGAGAGUACCAGUAACAGAAUACCCUAAAGCGGAAAUGCUUCCUGAGCCACUCAGUAAAUUCAUUGAUUACUCUAACAUCAGAAUGCCCUCUAUGAACAGAUUUAUCACAGAGUCCGGUAAACUUUCUCGUCUCGAUAAAUUGUUGGACGAGCUCAAGAAAAACGACCACAGAGUUUUGGUAUACUUUCAAAUGACAAAAAUGAUGGACCUUAUGGAGGAGUUCCUCACAUUCCGUCAACACAAUUACAUUCGUUUAGACGGAUCAUCUAAAUUAGAAGAUAGAAGGGAUCUUGUGCAUGACUGGCAAACAAAACCAGAAAUUUUUGUGUUUUUGUUGUCGACUAGAGCAGGUGGUUUAGGUAUCAAUUUGACAGCAGCAGACACGGUGAUUUUCUACGAUUCUGACUGGAAUCCAACUAUCGACUCGCAGGCGAUGGAUAGAGCUCACAGAUUAGGUCAAACUAAACAAGUUACAGUUUACCGUCUUUUGACAAAGGGAACUAUCGAAGAGCGGAUGAGAGACAGAGCCAAACAAAAGGAACAAGUGCAACAGGUUGUCAUGGAAGGUAAGGCUAAUUUCGGGAAAAAGAAAGAUGAUGCGGCAAGUAAGAAAAAAGAUGUCGCUUUCCUUCUUUUGGGAGGUGGUGACGAAGAUGAGCAAGUAUCUACUGAUGGAACACCCUCGGGCGAGCCAAUUUCGAACCGAUUGGAGGCUUUGUACCACGAGGGCGAAGGGGAAUUUUCAGAAAAUGUUACUCCAAUGCCAUAG